AUGGCUUCCCGCCACCAUCGCCUGGCGCCAGCCAUUCGCGCCGUGCGUCCCUACUUGCCGCCGCUGAACUUCAUCACGCUGCACUACGCCUACUUCAUCACAGUAUGUCUCAUUGCGUCGGUCAUCUUCUGGGGCUCGUCGAGUCCCAAGUACAGCAUCACCUACACGGACAGCCUCUUUCUGGUCAUUUCGGCCAUGACAGAGGCUGGCCUAAACACGGUGAACCUUAGUCAGAUGACCACUUGGCAGCAGACGCUGCUCUGGCUGCUGAUCGUCUUGGGAAGCUCCAUCUGGGUAUCAAUAUGGACCGUGUUGGCGCGCAAACACGCCUUUGAAAAGAGGUUCCGCGAUAUAGUACAGAGAUCGCGCCUUCGAUCCUCGAGGUCUUUCAACAAACAGAGCAGAACCUUGACUACGGAUCUGCCCCUGGCCAGGAAGCUCACCCAGACAUUUGGCAAGACCAAGCCUCCCGUGGCCGCCGAUGGGGGCAAUGAACUCGACGCUCGCCGUAUCACUGUCCAGAACCCAAACACUGGGUCUUCUACGGUCUUGCCCAUCUCCGGGCCCUUUGCGCCCCAGAAGAUGGGAGAGCCGGUCCCAAAGCCGGAGGAAAGCCCAACCGCCGAUGUAGCCCCGGGGUCGCCUGCUGAGCGGCUCGGUUCCGCCCGAGAUCACAUCGUAUUUGCCGAGGAUGCUCAAGCAACCACAUCCGGAUUCAGCCAGGGCGGUGGCCUUUCUCGCCGGCGUGCGUCUGUCCCGGAUAUCUCGAGCCUGGAGGGCGGGAACCUGGCACCUGCGCCCAGCCAUCGCCAAUAUCUCACCCCCAAGAAAGUCGGGCGCAACGCGCAAUUUCAUGAUCUCUCAAGCGAGGAGAGAGAACACCUCGGUGGCACCGAAUACCGGGCUCUGAAGGUGUUGUCCAUCGUGGUGCCGCUGUACUUUGUCGCCUGGCAGGUGCUCGGAUGUGUUGCCCUGGGUGCGUGGAUCGCCAACAACCAACCGCAGCCUGCCUUGAAUAACGGUAUCAACCCGUGGUGGAAUGGAAUCUUCAAUGGCGUGUCUGCGUUCAACAACUCCGGGAUGAGUGUGCUCGAUCUCAACGUGAUUCCCUAUGGCAGCUCGUAUUUUGUGCUUGUCUGUAUGGGCGCCAUGAUUCUCGCUGGGAACACGGCGUAUCCGGUCUUCCUGCGGCUCUGGCUCUGGAGCGUGCUGAAACUGCUAGAGUGGCUGACGUACGAGGAAUCGUUCCGUGACCUCAAGCUUACUCUCGAGUACAUCCUCAAGUAUCCCCGGCGCGUUUACACUAACUUGUUCCCUUCGAGGGCGACAUGGUGGCUGGUCUUCAUGUUGUUUGUACUCAACGGAACGGACUGGGUUGCAUUUGAGAUUCUCAAUCUUGGCAACCCUGCACUUGAAAGCACACCAGUCGGUUCUCGGAUUAUUGAUGGACUUUUUCAGGCUCUCGCGGUCCGCUCCGGCGGUUUUUACGUCGUUUCCAUACCCACCUUGUACAUUGGGCUCCAGGUCCUGUAUGUGCUCAUGAUGUACAUCAGUGUGUACCCCGUUGUCAUCACCAUGCGGCACUCCAAUGUUUACGAGGAACGGUCUCUUGGUAUCUACGCCGACGACAUGGACUCUUCUUCCAUCGACUCGACGUCAUCAUCCCUGCGCGGUGAGGGCAUUGCGCCUGCGAGCGUUUUCGGCCGCGCCCUGCGAAAGGUGCUGGGCGAUGGGUGGGAUGGCGUCGGCGCGGCUUCCCAGCAACCCAACGACCGUGUCCCAGAGACCCGCACCAGCUUCAUCAGCCAUCAGGUCCGCGGUCAGCUGUCCCAUGACCUCUGGCUUCUGGUGAUCGCCGUCUGGGCUAUCAGCACCAUUGAGACACGCCACUUCCUCGAGGAUCCCGCCACCUACUCAGUGUUCAACAUCAUCUUCGAGGUCGUCUCGGCCUACGGCUGCGUCGGUAUCUCGGUCGGCGUGCCGUUCGACGCCUUCAGUUUCGCCGGCGGAUGGUAUCCUGGGAGCAAGCUGGUUCUGUGCCUGGUCAUGUUGCGUGGUCGACAUCGUGGUCUGCCCGUCGCACUAGAUCGGGCUGUGCGCUUGCCGGGCGAUGAGCUGGGACGCACAGAAGAAGAGGAUCAUCGGAUCCGGAGGAGCAUGUCCAUGCGACGCCCCAGCACGGAGUAUCGAGAUGCAGACGGGAAUGUUUAG